AUGCCACCCAUCAUCGCGGGGAAGAAUCGUCGCAAAGUUCGCUUCCUCUCCAAACCCCCACCAUCAUCAUCAACAUCCAACCAGAAUCAGCCCGGAGUAUCCCGCCCAACUCCUUCUAUUUCAACCGGAAAAAUGACAAGCCAAGCUCCUCGGCCGGGGAUCCCAGUCUUGUUCACACAGCCGCCGGCCAUCCGCGACCCGCUCGUGACAGAGACAGUCGAUCUGCAGGACGCGACGCUCGACAAGUGUCUGCCUUUCCUCAAGGGGAUUCAAAGUUCUCAGCAAGGCCCCUUUAAUGCAUGCGGCGUGCCUGCACUCCAGCGAGAUGACCAUGUAGUCUAUCUCUUUGAUUCAUUGGAAGAUUAUCCCGCCGGCUUUGUCAUCCUCGAUGCUAGUCGUCCUUGGAUGGCAUAUUGGGGGUUGGCUGGUUUAUUCUUGAUGGGUGAGGAUCCUACUCGAUUUCGGGAACGUUUGAUCUCGACUCUACGGCCCGCUCAGAACUCCACGGGCGGCUUCGGUGGCGGUCGUGGUCAGAUAUCCCACCUUGCCGGAAGUUAUGCGGCCGUUCUCUCGCUUGCGAUUGUUGGAGGCGAAGAUGCCUAUUCCUUGAUUGAUCGGCAGUCAAUGUGGCAAUGGCUGGGCCGCUUGAAGCAGCCCGAUGGAGGUUUUCGCGUUUGCGAGGGCGGGGAAGAGGACGUGCGUGGUGCAUACUGCGUCAUGGCUAUCAUCUCUUUACUCGAUCUGCCGGUCGAAUUACCUCCUGACUCCCCAGCUCGUAAUGCUGGUCUACACAAGUUGACUGACGGACUUGCCCAAUACUUAUCACGAUGCCAAACAUAUGAGGGUGGCAUUUCUGGCAGCCCGGGCGUAGAGGCGCAUGGAGCUUAUGCAUACUGUGCUUUAGCAUGUUUGGCUCUCUUAGGGCCUCCGGAAGAGACUAUUCCCAGACAUAUGAACCUUCCGUUUCUACUGUCUUGGCUAUCUGCUCGUCAAUAUGGUCCGGAGGGUGGAUUCUCUGGCAGAACAAAUAAGCUGGUUGAUGGAUGCUACAGUCACUGGGUUGGCGGGUGCUGGCCACUCCUCCAGUCUGCUCUAGAUGGAAAGCCACAGGGUAACGGUCCUCCCGCCACAACUGUGGGUAGUCUAUUCAGCCGCGAAGGUCUGGCCCGCUACAUUCUUGGAUGUUGUCAAUCGCCCAAUGGUGGUCUUCGCGACAAGCCUGGCAAACAUGCUGAUUCUUACCACACCUGCUACGUGCUCGCGGGCUUGAGCGCCAUGCAGCACUACCAUUAUCGCACGGACUCUAGCGCAACAACCAGCGAACAUUUCGCAUCUGCGUUCUCUUGGCGGUCCACUCCCAUUCGCGAGGGUAAUGUGUAUGAAAAGAGCGACCGUCUCGAACCCCUUCAUCCACUGUAUGGGAUCCCCUACCCUCGGGCUGAUGAGAUGCGGCUCUGGUGUGAAGCCCGACCGAUUGCGCCCUAG